AAAACAUUCACCAGUUGAAUGACUUUCACCCCAAUACGCAUCAUUAUUUUUUAAAAAACGCGACUAUCCUUCGGUGUUCCGGGCGCCAUUAAUAUUUACAAACCAAAUACGGAAUAAUUUUACUAUAUUAUCUAAUCGUUACCAUUACAUUCGCGUUAAAUGUCCAAAAGGACUGAAAACUCGCCAAUACAAACAAAAGGUGCGCGCUUCAGAGAGGAUCGAUAGCCAUUGGCGAAAGUAUGAAUGGAAUCCUCUCUCCGAAAACCAAGAAACAUAAACAAAACCAAAAUCAGAAGGAAGACAUGAAGGAACAAAUCGUAGCACAAGUGCACAAAUCCGUACUUUCGAACACUAACAGUGAUAAUGACUACGCCAAUAAUUCAGAAACUGAAUCGAACAGGACUUAUACGAAAUAUGAAGACAAAAACGAAAAUAUUAGCAUGCACACUCCGAGCAGGGAAAUCUCGGUGGAUGGCGAAACACAAAUUAAUUCGAAAAUUAUGUCCCUUAUCGAAACUGAGAUGAGAAGAGAUAUCAACAGACAUUCCCAUUUUACCGAUUCCAGGCCUCAGAGUUUGAGUUUUUACGAAGACGAAAAGAUUCCAGAAGAACUAUCAGGCAACCUAGAACUAUUAAGCCCGGAAGAACGAAAGCAUUACAGAAAAAGAAAAGAAUACCUUCAAAUGGACAAUGAUGAACUGAACGCUUACAACACAAUGCAAGCUGCACAUAAUGGAAGGGAUCCCGAAGAUAUAAUGACUACUUCAUUGAAGAAGUCUAAAUCAAAAAAGAAAAGACAUGGUGGUGACGCGGAAAUGGGAAUAGGAGAUAGCAGAGAAAUGAUGAUACCAAAAGAAAAAAAGAAAAGCAAAAAGAAGAGAAGAGAUGUUUCACCUGCUAACUCGAGUAGCACAAAAAGAAAACACAAAAAACGAGAGGAAGAAUAUGAUCUUCGUAACGACAUCGCAGUUGCUUUGGAAGAACUUCAAGACGACGUAUUUGAGACAAAUCCAGAUUUUAAUGCCAAACCGGAGAAAAUGAAGAAGAGUCCCAGAAAAUCAGAUAAAUUGUAUGUUCAAAGGAAAACCAAAUUCGAGGUUACUGGCAGACCUAGUACUUCCAUAAAUAGACCAACAAUACCAGAAAUGGACGACAAUAAAUUUGGAAGAAGAUAUGCGACAUAUCCUUUAGAAAUAUCACUCAUUUUCCAAAGGUGGUGGAUGCGAAUCUCAACCCUUUGCCAUGGUCUACUCGGUGGACUAGCUUUAGGACACUGGCUAUAUUUAGUGUGUAAUUUCCAUCAACAAGAUGCUAGUUUUUUAAUACACUACGCUUACUAUAGUGAUAUUUACGUUGGGAUGUUUUUUGCCCUAUGUGUCUUAUGCAUUGUUUCAGUUUUUGAUAGGAUAGACACGGCUCAUUUAGAAAAAAACUUUUUUCGAGAAUUAUGGGUUCAAAAACGAAAUAGUCUGAUAGCCUUUAUCUAUAUGUCAUGUUUAAUCAUCCAUCUUACCACCUUUAUCUGGGAUGAUGAGUUUUCCCGGUUAUCAUAUCAAGAUUUUAAUAACGAAAAUUCUACGGAACCAGUAGUAAACGUAUCAAGACGUGACAUAAAUAUUUGGAAUCACUUAUCACUUUGGAGAUCUUUACUGGCAUUCACAGCUUGGAUUUUCGUCGGGUUGGGUCCACCUGAGGAUUCACUGUAUCACCAUUUAAAAACUCUCGAAGCAUAUCUUCCUAAUAAAUGAUAGUUGUUUGCUGCUAUAUCUGUGUUGUAUAAUUUGUGAUAUUCUUAAAAUGUAUUAUAUGCUCUAAGACUGUUCAAAUUAUUUAAAAUAAAUAUUUAUGAGUUUUAACAAAUUAUAAUAACUACUACAAUAAUUACUAUUA